AUGCACAAAUAUCUACGCAUACAGCAAAUCAGUUUUCUUUUACUUGGCAUUGAUAUGUUUGCCACGCGAGAUCGGCCUAUUUUACGUGCACCCUAUAGGUACGGUUGUUGGACUCUAGCGACUGCAACUAUAACCAUCCUAAUGGGUGUCUACAUUUACACCAGUGAACAGGAUCAGGCAAUCAAAGUGCUAACAGUCUUUCUACAAGGUGUGCUCUCGGUGCUCAAGAGUUUCAUGUUUGUGACGAAGGGAAGACGGUUCAUAGCACUCAUUGAAAAUUUGGAGUCUCUAGCGGAGGGUGCAAACGUGAAGGAACGUGCAGAAUGGACACAUGAAAAUGAUUGGCAGCAACGUAUCGCGCGUGUAUAUUACAGCUGUUGCACGGCCACAGGCACCCUGUAUUGCACAGUACCUGCCCUUAUUCUCUUGUACAGUGUCUGCUUCAAUGGCCAUGCAGUACUCAUUCUGCCCUUCGAUGCAGCCUUUCCAUUCGAUGUGCAGCAGCCAUUCUUCUACAUCAUUGCCUACAUCUGGUGCAUAUCCUUCAUAGUAUAUGCCAUAGAUGCCGUUGCUGCCAUGGAUUCGUUAUUUUGUUGGUUUAUCUUUAAUACUUCUGCACACUUUCGCAUUCUACAACAUAAACUCGAAGCAGUUGCUGCCACUUUGGCCGAGGAAGAUUACGUUAGCUUUCAACCAAAUAUCUCGGAAUCCUUACGCUAUCACCGGCACAUAAUUGAGUUAGCAGCAGAAUUCGAUGAUCUCUAUGCACCCAUCGUUUUUAUAGAAAUCGCUGUUAGUUAUCUAAAACUUUGCUUCAGCGCUUACAAUCUAAUCAAUCUAGCUGAUAUAUCUAGCUUUCCAGUGAUUGUUGUGGGACUCGUCACCAUCACAUUUCAAUUGUGUAUUUACUGCUUUAGUGGUGAAAAAAUCAAAAAUGCGAGCUUACUAAUUUCGGAUCAUAUCUAUUUGACUUUUCCUUGGGCGCGCAUGCCUUCGUCUAUGAGACGCUUACUGCUGUUGCCUCUAAUGCGCGCACAACGUUCCACCAAUCUAACGGGAUAUCUCUUUAUUGUCGACCACAGCCUUCUGGUGUGGAUAUUCAAAACUACUGGCUCAAUUAUUGGCUUUUUGUCCGCUACGAAAGAAAAAACUGUUGAUGUAAACUAA